CCUGGGCAACAUUUCAUCUUUCCUCGCUCCGAUGGUUACUGGUUUCAUAGUCAAAGACGAGGCCAGUAGAGACGAGUGGAUGAUUGCUUUUUACAUCUCCGCAGGUAUAUUCUUCGUGGGAAACUUGAUCUUUAUAGUAUUCGGAUCUUCUGAUGUUCAGCCCUGGAACAAUCCUCUUCAUGUAAAAACAUAAUGAGAGCAUCCAUAAUUAAAAUGAUUCGGUACUCGGCACUGCCAGGCACUUUUGACGUUUUCCUCUAACGCCCUGGACUUCGCCAUACGCUCCAAUAUUUCUAUCGCUAUUGUAGCAAUGACCGACAAUGCGAAGUUAAAUCCUAAUUUGCCGGUACUGUCUUGGACUAGCUCCCAAAAGGGUAUCAUUAUGGGUUCCCUCUUCUGGGGAUAUUUCCUGACGACAGCCCCAGGAGGUCAUCUGUCGUGCAAGUGGGGACCCAAGUACUUGAUGUUCGUCGCCAUGUUGGUUUGUGCCGUCAUAAGUAUACUUUGUCCCUUCAUCGCUCUCAACUACGGUUGGUUCGCCUUCAGUCUCAGCAGAGUAGUUCUCGGUCUCGCACAGGGAUUUUUGCUCCCUUCGGUACAGACUCACCUUGCAAAAUGGACUCCACUGCAGGAAAGAAAUAGAACAAUAGCAAUUGUGCUGAGUGGUACACAAUUCGGUACCGUUCUGACAAUGCCCAUAGCUGGGUACCUGGCCGCCAGUCCGUGGGGCUGGCCCAGUAUCUUCUACUGUACCGGACUGUGCGGUGUAUUGUGGUCUGUGGUCUGGCUGUUUGUGGGCGCCGACUCUCCAGAAUCACACCCUUCCAUCAGCGACAGAGAGCGGGAGUAUAUAAUAACUACUCGCAUCGGAAGUUCUUCACAUAGUCAAGGUAUGAAGACUCCAUGGAGGCACAUUCUUACAUCGAGGCCAGUAUGGGCAUUGACUGCCGCUCAUUUCUCUUUUAAUUGGGGGAAAUGGACGCUAAUAACAGAACUAUCCAGCUUCUUGAGACACGUUUAUGGGUACGAUAUAAAAAGUAAUGGUUUGCUAUCAGCCCUACCUCCAGUAUGCUGUCUACUAAUGGUAUUAGUAUUCUCAUACAUAGCAGAUUUCAUAAACAUGAAAGAAUUCAUUUCGCUGACUCUAUCUAGGAAGAUAUCGAAUUCUAUAGCCCAGUGGGGAAGUGCCAUAGGUCUGUGCACGAUGGCGUUUGUCUCCAACCCAACCAGUGCGGUAAUUCUUCUCACAGUCUCAAUAGCUCUGACGGCGGGGUCCUUCACGGGUAGUAUAGCAAAUCCUUUGGACCUCUCUCCCAACUUUACAGGACUCAUCAUGGGGAUCACUUUCGGUUUGGGUACUCUGUCUGCCAUCCUUGGGCCUUCCAUAACAGGGUUCAUCGUCACUGAUGAGACGGACCGACACCAGUGGUUGAACGCUUUUUAUGUCGCUGCAAUCGUUUAUUUUGUUGGCAACACUGCUUUUGUAUUGUUUGGGUCAGCUGAGGUCCAAUGGUGGAACGACGCAGAAAAGGUAGAGGACGAAAACGAAUAACGACACAAUAAUAAAAAAAAACAAAUGUUUAACGAUUAAUUAAUUAAUUUUAUAUUGAGCACUUUAAUGUACCUUACAAUAAACCGUAAAAUUUA